AUGUCCUCCAGCUCCCCUUUUUCUGAUCUGAAAGACACCCCAGUCAUCUCUUCAGACUUAAAGAUUAGAGAGGAAAAUGAAGUCAGCUGGAUUCAGAUGCAGUCUCUCCUCACCAGCUCUGUCACCCUGGUUCUGACUUCCCAGGACUCUGCCCUUCCCCAGAAGGAGCAGGAGAAGAUGACCAAGUUUCAGGAGGCUGUGAACGUCAAGGACGUGGCUGUGGUCUUCAAUGAGGAGGAGCUGGUACUGGACUCUGCCCAGAGGAAGCUGUACCAAGAAGUGAUGCUGGAGAACUUCAGAAACCUGCUCUCUGUGGGCUAUAAACCCUUCAAACUGGGUAUGAUGUUGCCAUUGGGAAGAGAGGAGAAGCUUUGGAUGAUGGAGGCAGAAACCAAAGAAGAUGGGAGUUCAGGAUGCAGGGGUCAAAAUGAGACAGAGACUCUCCAAGAAGUAGGGUUAAGAUACCUUUUACAUGAAGACCUUAUGUGCUGGCAAAUAUGGGAACAAUUGACAAGUAAAUUAACCAGAAACCAGGACUUCAUCCUAAGUCUUCAAGGCAAGAGGUCUGAGUUGCCAAAAAAAGGUGAUGCCCAGGUGUGGACAGGAGCCUCUGUUCCAGUUCCUGGAGAUGAGAUCUGUGUAGUGACCCUUCACAGGGAGAGUUCCAAUAGUGUCAAAAGGCAAGAGUUUCCAAUUAGGACCACCUGGGAUUUCUGGAGAAAAAUGAAUGUGGAAGAAUCCCAGAAUUACCAGAGAAGAUGUCAGCAAACUGACAUAAAAAAUAAACUGUGUAAAUGUGACUGUGAUGACCAGGAAGCACACAAAAGAGAGGAAGCUUAUAGCCCCAAUGAUGGCAGAAAAGAAUUCAUGAAGAAAUCACCCCAGCGUAGGGUAAGACCCUCACAAGAGCAAACCUCCCAUGAGGAUGGGAAAGGCUUCAGUGUUGCCUCUGACCUUGACCUUCCCCAGCAGUUGCCCUUGGGAGAGAAGCCCCUUGCGUGUACUGAGUGUGGGAGGACCAUGCAUCAUAGCUCGUUGCUGACCUUGCAUCCGAGCACUCACCUGGGUGGAAGACACUGCAGGAAUGAAAAUGGUGAGAGCUUUGGUCUGAGCUCCUGCUUACAGACUCAUCAGAGUGUCCACCCAGGAGAGGAGCCCUCCAGGUGUCAGGUGUGGGCUCAGAGCCUCAAUGAGAACUCCUCUCUUCCAAGUCAUGAGCUUACUCAGCCAGGAGAGAAGCUGGACACCUGUGAGAGAGUCCUCCCUAGAGACAAAACAUGCAGUUGGGAGGCAUGUGAGAGGGGAUAUAACCAGGAUCCUGGUCUCCAUCCGAGAGUCCACAUUGGAGGGAAGCCAUAUACGUGUGGGGUAUGCCAUAAGGGCUUCAGUAAGGCCUCAAACCUUCAAGUUCAUCAGAAAAUCCACACUGGAGAGAAACCCUACAGAUGUGAUGUGUGUGACAAGAACCUCAGCCGUAAUUCUCACCUUCAAGCCCAUCAGAGAGUCCACACGGGAGAGAGGCCUUACAAAUGUGACACCUGCGGUAAGGACUUCAGCCAGAUCUCUCUUCAGGCCCAUCAGAGAGUUCACACGGGAGAGAAGCCAUACAGGUGUGAGACAUGUGGGAAGGGCUUCAGUCAGAGUUCACACCUCCAAGACCGCCAGCGAGUCCACACUGGAGAGAAGCCCUACACGUGUGAGGUGUGUGGGAAGGGCUUCAAUUGGAGCUCACAUCUUCAAGCCCAUCAGAGAGUGCACACAGGGGAGAAGCCCUACAGAUGUGAGGAGUGUGGGAAGGGCUUCAUCUGGAAUUCAUAUCUCCAAGUUCACCAGAGGAUCCACACAGGGGAGAAGCCCUAUAAAUGCACCCUGUGUGGGAAGAGCUUCAGCCAGAUCUCACAUCUGCAGGCCCAUCGGAGAGUCCAUACUGGAGAGAAACCACACAGAUGCUUUGUGUGUGGGAAGGGCUUUAGUAAGAAUUUGUCUUCAGAUUCAUCAGAAAGUCCACAAUGGCAGUAA